UUAGCAUGGCAGCAAAGGCAAUUCUGCCUAGGAGGGCCGACCCCACUGAGUUGAAAGCCAUUUUUGAAAAGUAUGCCAGCGUUAAGAAGAAUGAUGAGCAUUUCAUGUCACCGGAGGAUUUUGUGAGCCGUUUCCUCCAUGCCCACACAGACAUCCGGCUGUCGGACGAGGCCACAAAGCUGCUGGCUGGAGUGGUGGACCAGAAGAAAGAUGGGUUGAUCUCCUUUCAGGAGUUUGUCGCCUUUGAGUCGGUGCUGUGUGCCCCGGACUCCCUCUUCAUGGUCGCCUUCCUGCUGUUUGAUAAAGCGGGCAGUGGAGUGACCACUUUUGAGGAUGUGAAGCAGGUCUUCGGGCAGACCACCAUCCACCAGCACAUUCCCUUCAACUGGGACUGUGAGUUCAUACGGCUGCACUUUGGCGUGCAGAGGGACAAGCAGCUCAGCUACGGAGAAUUCACCCAGUUUCUCCUGGAGAUGCAGCUGGAACAUGCACGACAGGCUUUUAUCCAGCGGGACCAAUCCCACAGCGGCUCCAUCUCAGCCCUGGACUUCAGGGAGAUCAUGGUCACCAUCCGGCCACACAUGCUCACGCCCUUCGUGGAGGAAUGCCUCGUGGCGGUUGCGGGUGGCAGCACAUCCCAUCAGGUCAGCUUCUCCUACUUCAACGGCUUCAACUCGCUGCUCAACAACAUGGAGCUGAUCAGAAAGAUCUACAGCACCCUGGCUGGCCACCGCAGAGAUGUGGAAGUCACCAAAGAGGAGUUCAUUGUGGCAGCUCAGAGGUUUGGGCAGGUGACACCCAUGGAGGUAGACAUCCUCUUUCAGCUGGCUGACCUGUCGGAGCCCCGUGGACGUGUUGGUUUAGUGGACAUCGAGAAGAUCGCUCCGCUGGAGGAAGGUGCCCUGCCCUACAACUUGGCAGAGGUCCAGAGACAGCAGUUGGGCAGUGACGGCUCCCGCCCCAUCCUGGUCCAGGUGGCAGAGUCGGUCUACAGGUUCACCCUUGGCUCAGUGGCAGGGGCUGUGGGUGCCACAGCAGUGUACCCCAUUGAUCUGGUCAAGACGCGCAUGCAGAACCAGAGGAGCAGCGGCUCCCUGGUGGGAGAGCUCAUGUACAAGAGCAGCUUCGACUGCUUCAAGAAGGUGGUGCGCUAUGAGGGCUUCUUUGGACUUUACCGAGGUCUGGUACCACAGCUACUGGGUGUGGCGCCCGAGAAAGCCAUAAAGCUUACAGUGAAUGACUUUGUGCGAGGAAAGACCAGACAGAAAGAUGGCACAGUCCCUCUGGGUGCUGAGAUCCUGGCUGGUGGAUGUGCUGGCGGCUCCCAGGUGAUCUUCACCAACCCUCUGGAGAUAGUAAAGAUUCGUCUGCAGGUGGCUGGAGAGAUCACCACAGGGCCGAGGGUCAGCGCCCUGUCCGUCAUCAGGGACCUCGGCUUUUUCGGACUUUACAAGGGAUCCAAGGCUUGUUUUCUGCGGGACAUCCCCUUCUCAGCCAUUUACUUUCCCUGCUAUGCUCACACCAAGGCUUACCUAACUGAGGAGGACGGGAGGAUAGGGCCAGCCAAGAUGCUGUUUGCUGGAGCUCUGGCAGGCAUGCCAGCAGCCUCUCUGGUGACCCCAGCAGAUGUGAUCAAGACCAGGCUACAGGUGGCGGCACGCGCCGGUCAGACCACCUACAGUGGCCUGGUGGACUGCUUCUGGAAGAUCCUCAGAGAAGAGGGGCCCCGCGCUUUCUGGAAAGGAGCUGGAGCUCGAGUGUUUCGGUCCUCGCCUCAAUUCGGAGUGACUCUUGUGACCUAUGAACUCCUGCAGCGCUGGUUCUAUGUCGACUUUGGAGGACAAAAGCCGGCUGGCUCGGAGCCCACCCCCAAGUCUCGGAUCAGCCUGCCGGCGCCCAACCCCGACCACAUCGGAGGCUUCAGGUUGGCCGUGGCCACGUUCGCUGGCAUCGAGAGCAAGUUUGGUCUCCAUCUCCCACGCUACACGGUGGCGACAGCAGCACCAGCCCCUGCAAACACCCCCUGAAUCAAUCCACAGGUGGGGGCGGGGGUAAGUGAAGUGAAA